UCCUCAAAAAGGAAAGCAAACAGCAAGAGGUCAGCCGGCGCCUCCGGAGCCUGUCAACAACGGUUGUGCAGAUGACGAAUCUCAAGCCCCGUGUCAGGCUGUACCACGACCCAGGAACCAGCAACGUGCUCGACCUCCACCGCCUCCAAUAGAUGAUGGCGAGGAACCCCCUCCACCAUUACCCCAACCUAGGAAAAAGGCACACGUCAAAAAGCAAGCUCCAAUGUGAUGAAGAAGCGAGUACACCGAUUCGUUUUAGCCUGAAAAACAUGGAAUUGAUUGGUUCGACACAACUGGCCACAUACACACGGCCCAAGAGCAGUAAAUUUCUGCCAGCCAUCUCUACAACAGCAUCCAGCUACAGAAGCCUCCAGCCGACCCUCACCAACAACCAGAACUCCAACUGGAGGACUAACAUGUACUUCAGAAGUGGGAGUGCUAUUCCUUCCAUCAUCCCCAUAUCACAAAGGGAAACCCUGGACCUGGUUCGGGCCAAGACUAUGUUCUACCCAUCUAACAGGACUGCACUAACAAUGCGUUAUACACCAGAUGACUGGUACAAAUCCAAUCAGAACAACUACAGAGAUUCAGAGUCUUCCAGGAAGAGUGCUGAAAGGUUGAGGAAGGACACAAUCUGGUUGAUACAGGAUCGAGACCAGUGCACACGCAGGACUCAGGAGAGCACUAGCAGGAUCCUGGGGGAGAGACUCAACGAUAUCAGCUUCUGGAGAUCUGAGCUGGGCCACGAAAUUGACAACAUGGUGACAGAGAUAGCGGCGCUGACGGAGGUGAAACGCAGACUGGAGAGAGCGCUUGCUGAGACCGAGGGGCCACUGCAGGUUUCUCAGGAAUGCUUGUUUCAUCGAGAGAAAAGGAUGUCCAUCGAUCUGGUACACGAUGAUGUGGAAAAAGACCUGAUCAAGGAAGUGGAGGUGGUAAAGUCGUGUCAGGAGAGAAUGAGGAGGAACUUGGACAAAGUCAUUGCACAGCUGGCAUCAAACCGAUCAGCGCAGCAUGAAUUGGAGAGAGAUUUAAAUGAUAAGGUCACAGCUCAGCGUAUAGACGACCGAUGUCAUCAGCUGCGCAACACCUCGGACAGCAUCAGUUACUACAGAGGCAUAGAGCGCCUCGAUCCCUCUUUGAGCUUGCCUGACACAUGGUCAAAGUUCACGGACGACAACAUCCUGCACUCUCAGAGUCAACGUGCAGCAUCGCACAAGCUCCGUGAUGAGAUCGAGGUUCUGCUCAACACCACCUCCAACGAGAUGUGGAAUCAGUUCAACAACGUUAACGUAGCCUUUACCAACCGCAUAUCUGAAAUGGCGGAAACCAAGAACAGCCUGCAGGCUCACUUGGCCAAGACUCUCCAGGAGAUUUACCAGACUGAGAUGCUCAUUGACACCUUAAAAAGGGCUAUUCGUGAUAAAGAGAACCCUCUCAAAGUGGCUCAGACCCGACUGGAGGAGAGAACCCGUAGACCCAACGUGGAACUCUGCAGAGACAACCCUUAUCACAGGUUGGUGAAUGAAGUGAGGGAGAUCGAGGAUACGAUUCAUUCUCUGAGGGAGCGACUGAUGGAGGCUGAAAAUACUCUGCAGAACCUGGUGAAGACCAGAGUGGCUCUGGAGCAUGACCUCUCCAUUAAGGCCAACUCACUUUUUCUGGAUCAGGAGAAAUGCAUGAGCAUGAGGAAGAGUUUUCCAAGCACCCCACGCCUGGUGGGAUAUACUUAAAGCCCAGGCUUCCUUUCAUGCUAAAACAGCUCCAGUUUUCUAUACCCAAGAUUUCAAUAUUGCAUUUAUUAUAGAAAAACUUUCAUUCUUUAAUGGCUAAUGAAAUGAAAUGACUGUAAUUAACACUUUCCUAAGUAACUCCUUCAAGGAAUAUAUGAAGAAUUUCUUGCACUUCUUUGUGACUUUACUAUAUGUUUGAUCUGAAUUUAAAAUCAUUUCCAUAUCGUUGCUGUCGGGCGGAAACCUCGUAUGUCCAAAUUUGGUCAAUUUCAUAUUUUUUCACAUAUCGAUGCUAUUGGUCAGUCCCCACGUGGGUCUGUUAUUUUUUACAAGUUAUUAACCAUCUAAAGCCUUGAAAAUAGCUUGAGCGCAAAUCUCAUAACUCCAUUGGACACUUCAACUGUCCACCUGUUCCUCACUCCGCGGGAGAGCUUCACGUCAUAUUUCUCCUUAAUAAGAGUCGCAACGAAUCAACACGUCUUCUGAGGUAAAUGUCUUCAAAACACUGGGCUCAAAGAAAAAAAAAUCUUGACCCCCGCUAGUUCUGGUGCUCGUCUGAGGACAGGAAUUUAGCGCAAGACAAUCCACUGCAACGCGAACUAAACCCUGUGCACUGCAGAUAAGGUACGGCGUUUUUUUAAUUUCCUGAAAAAUAAUGGUUUUGGAGAUACGAGGAUUCCGCCCGACAGCGACGAUAUACAAUAUUAAAAUAAAAUUUCUAAUGAGGCACAUUAAAUAAAGUCUACGAUCACCAAUCAAUAUCCGUCUUUCAAUCCAUCAUAUCUAUCCAUCUUUC